GAAAAAUGGUGCUGAAGUGAUGGCUUCUUGCAUCUCAAACUGUGUGUGUCUCUUUGGUUGGAACCCUGGCAAGAACUCAACCAAUAAGAAACCUCCACCCAAUUACCAUAAUCUUGAUCUUCCUUUUCCAUCUUCUCUGCUCACCAAGACUUUCCUCAAUGGGAAGGAGCUAAAAUGCUGCUACAAGGCUACCAUAGAUGGAUUUAGUGCAACUUCCUUUCAUGAAUGCGCGGAUUUCAAGGGACCGUGUGUGAUCAUCGGCUACACCGACAAUUCAUUCAAGUUUGGAGGGUUCAGUCCCGAAGGUUUCAGAAGCACGGACGAUUACUACGAGACGUUUGAUGCAUUCCUCUUCUAUUGGCCCGAUGAACUGGAACGUGAUGGCCCUAUUGUGUUGCCUAAAGUAGGGGGCAGUGGUGCUGCUCUUUUUGAUUACGCACGAGGCGGGCCCCAGUUUGGGGCUGACGGGCUAUUGAUCGGGCCACCACUAGCACCGGUCAUGGGUGGGUUUGCAGGGCCCGAUACAAACUCCGGUGUCGGAGAUUUAAGGCAAGCAAAGUCAAGAUUGGGGCUGUCUUAUGCCAAAAGGGCAGAUGGAAAAGAGUCUUUGUUUGGAGAUGAAUCCAGGGCUUGCCUUGAAGAUGUGUUGGUCUUUUGUAGUCCACAAAUUGCAAGCCUAUACUAAAAGGGUGUGCUAUAUAUGGUUGUACUUCUGCUUUAUCAGCUUGUACUUUGUUAAUUUUGUAAAUCCAUUAUCCCCAAAUCACCAUGAUUUGCAACAAAGUGUAACUC